AAAAAAUCCCCUCCAAAAAUUCCAAAUACUCCUCUUUUUUCUCUCCUCAUCACUCCAGUUGUCCCCAAAAAAUAAUAAUAAAAAACACAAGGAAAAAAAAAAAAGAAGAAACAACACUCACACACACAAAUCUUUUAGCGCCUCCACCUACUACUGCCUCUCCUCUUCCCCUUUCUCUCUCUCUCUCCAAAUUAUCCCCAAAACCCUAAUUCUUUGUGAGGCGCAAAAAACACGAACCUCGAAAAACCUCCUUCAAUGGCGUCCGAGUUGACUCAGUUUCAACACUCACAAAUGGCGGCGAUUCUCGGCCCCGAUCCUACUCAUUUCGAAACCCUAAUAUCUCACUUAAUGUCCACCAACAACGACCAACGUUCUCAAGCAGAAUCACUCUACAAUCUCUGCAAACAACAUCAACCUGACGCACUCUCUCUCAAACUAGCGCACCUUCUCCAAUCUUCUCAUCACCCUGAAGCUCGUGCUAUGGGAGCGAUUCUCCUCAGAAAGCUCUUAACUCGGGAUGACUCCUUCCUUUGGCCUCAACUCAGUGGUUCAACUCAAUCUACUGUUAAAACUGUUCUUCUUGCUUGCGUUCAACGCGAGGAUGCGAAGACGAUUUCGAAGAAGUUGUGCGAUACGAUUUCUGAACUUGCUGCUGGAAUUCUACCAGAAAAUGGAUGGCCGGAGCUUUUGCCGUUUAUGUUUCAGUGUGUUACUUCGGAUAAUUUGAAAUUGAGAGAAUCGGCGCUGUUGAUUUUUGCGCAAUUGGCUCAGUAUAUUGGGGAGACUUUGGUGCCUCAUUUGGAUACUCUUCAUAAUGUGUUUUUUCAAUGUUUAGGAGGGAAUUCGAGUGCUGAUGUGCGAAUUGCGGCUUUAGGAGCAACGAUUAAUUUUAUCCAGUGCUUGACGAGUGCGGCGGAUAGAGAUAAGUUUCAAGAUUUGCUUCCUCCGAUGAUGCAGACAUUGACAGAGGCUUUGAAUUGCGGGCAGGAGGCUACUGCUCAAGAGGCUCUUGAGUUGUUGAUUGAUUUGGCGGGGACGGAGCCGAGGUUUUUGAGGAGGCAGUUGGUUGAUGUUGUUGGGGCAAUGUUGCAGAUUGCGGAGGCUGAGACCCUUGAAGAAGCGACGAGGCAUUUGGCGAUUGAGUUUGUCAUUACACUUACCGAGGCAAGAGAGAGGGCUCCUGGUAUGAUGAGGAAGUUGCCUCAGUUUAUUCAACGCUUGUUUGGGAUUUUGAUGAAGAUGUUGCUUGAUAUUGAGGAUGAUCCUGUGUGGCACAAUGCUGACACUGAGGAUGAGGAUGCCGGGGAGACUAGUAAUUAUAGUGUUGCACAGGAGUGUUUGGAUAGAUUGUCGCUUUCGUUGGGUGGCACUACUGUUGUACCUGUUGCUUCGGAGUUGUUGCCGGCUCUUUUGGCGGCUCCUGAAUGGCAAAAGCAUCAUGCUGCUUUGAUUUGUUUGGCUCAAAUUGCAGAGGGCUGCUCGAAGGUGAUGAUAAAGAACUUAGAGCAAGUGGUGUCCAUGGUUUUGAAUUCGUUUCAAGAUCCACACCCACGUGUGCGUUGGGCUGCCAUUAAUGCAAUUGGUCAACUAUCAACUGAUUUGGGGCCAGAUUUGCAAAUGCAGUAUCAUAAUCGUGUCUUGCCUGCUUUGGCGUCCGCUAUGGAUGAUUUUCAAAACCCUCGUGUUCAGGCACAUGCUGCUUCAGCUGUGUUGAACUUCAGUGAAAAUUGCACCCCAGAGAUUUUAACGCCUUACUUAGAUGGUAUAGUGAGCAAAUUGCUCGUCCUCCUACAGAAUGGAAAGCAAAUGGUUCAGGAAGGGGCCUUGACUGCAUUAGCAUCUGUUGCUGAUUCAUCACAGGAGCUAUUUCAGAAGUAUUAUGAUGCUGUUAUGCCGUACUUGAAAGCUAUACUGGUUAAUGCAACUGACAAGUCCAAUCGCAUGCUACGCGCAAAGUCAAUGGAAUGUAUAAGCUUGGUUGGAAUGGCUGUUGGGAAAGAGAAGUUUAGAGAUGAUGCUAAGCAGGUUAUGGAAGUUCUUAUGCAGUUGCAAGGAUCACAAAUGGAAGCUGAUGAUCCAACUACCAGCUAUAUGCUUCAGGCAUGGGCAAGACUUUGCAAAUGUCUGGGGCAGGAUUUUCUUCCUUAUAUGAGUGUUGUUAUGCCUCCAUUGCUUCACUCUGCGCAACUGAAGCCUGAUGUGACGAUCACAUCAGCAGAUUCAGAUGCUGAUAUUGAUGAAUCUGAUGAUGAGAGCAUUGAGACAAUCACCCUCGGGGAUAAGAGGAUUGGAAUCAAGACCAGUGUUCUCGAGGAGAAAGCUACAGCUUGCAACAUGCUCUGUUGUUAUGCUGAUGAGCUGAAAGAAGGUUUCUUUCCAUGGAUUGACCAGGUUGCACCUACUUUGGUUCCCCUUCUUAAAUUUUAUUUCCAUGAAGAAGUUAGAAAGGCAGCAGUGUCAGCUAUGCCGGAGCUGCUGCGUUCUGCUAAAUUGGCUGUGGAGAAAGGGUUAGCCCAAGGUCGCAAUGAGUCUUAUGUUAAGCAAUUGUCUGAUUAUAUAAUACCUGCUUUGGUGGAGGCCUUACACAAGGAACCUGAAACAGAGAUUUGUUCCAGCAUGCUUGAUGCGCUUAAAGAGUGUGUACAGAUUUCUGGGACACUACUCGAUGAAAGCCAAGUAAGAUGCAUAGUGGAUGAGAUAAAGCAAGUUAUAACAGCAAGUUCCACUCGAAAAGCAGAGAGGGCAGAAAGGGUUAAAGCUGAGGAUUUUGAUGCUGAAGAAGGAGAAAUUCUCAAGGAAGAAAAUGAGCAAGAAGAAGAACUCUUUGAUCAGGUUGGUGAUUGCUUAGGAACAUUGAUCAAGACGUUCAAGGCAUCUUUCUUGCCGUUCUUUGAUGAGCUCUCAUCUUACUUGACACCGAUGUGGGGCAAAGAUAAAACUACGGAAGAAAGAAGAAUCGCCAUUUGUAUAUUUGAUGAUGUUGUGGAGCAUUGUCGAGAAGCAGCACUUAGAUACUAUGAUACAUUCCUUCCUUUCCUUUUGGAAGCUUGCAAUGAUGAAAAUUCAGAUAUUCGGCAGGCGGCUGUUUAUGGUCUUGGUGUUUGUGCCGAGUUCGGUGGGUCCGUGUUCAAGCCUCUUGUUGGAGAGGCUCUUUCAAGAUUGGAUGUUGUGACAAGGCAUCCCAAUGCUACACAUUCAGAGAAUGUGAUGGCAUAUGACAAUGCUGUCUCAGCUCUUGGGAAAAUAUGCCAGUUUCAUCGUGAUAGUAUAGAUGCUGCCCAGAUAUUUCCGAUGUGGUUGAAUUGCUUGCCAAUUAAAGGAGAUCUAAUUGAAGCGAAGGUUGUGCAUGAACAACUGUGUUCCAUGGUUGAGAGGUCUGAUAGAGAUUUGUUAGGGCCUAACAAUCAGUAUUUGCCCAAAAUAGUAGCAGUAUUUGCCGAGGUUUUGUGUGCGGGUAAAGAUCUUGCAACAGAGCAAACUGCAAGCCGAAUGAUCAAUUUGUUGAGGCAACUUCAACAAACUUUACCGCCUUCUACCCUUGCAUCCACUUGGUCAUCCCUUCAACCUCAGCAAGUUUUGGCCUUGCAGUCCAUCCUCUCUCAAUAGUUUAAUUUAUCUUAUUUCUUUUUUAUUGGAGCUCGCUCGUCUUGAGAGCUGGUCCAUUGUUUUCUUUUCAAUUAUUCUUUUUCCAUCACAAAUUCAAUCCAUAAUUCGUAAUUUUUGAAUGCGGCAUGUAGUUGUGGGUCAAUUUGGUAGCCUUGGCUGGGGCAUAUGAUUUUGGUGUAUAAUGUGUAUAUUUUGAAUUUUGUCCUUGAUGGGUGAUCUUGCUGAGAUGAUGACUUAAAAAAGAUGAUAAGGAAGUAGAAUGUAAGGUCAUAAUUUUUGUCGUCUUAUAGUCAAAUUCUUGGCAGUUUGAAAAGAAUUUUGUGAAGCAAUUUUGGGUCUGUUUCUGCUGUA